AUGUGGCCACCCGAAGACAUUCCAGCCGGCCCAGCGGCCGCCUUUGAUAUUGUAGAAAAUGGAGCUCUUUUUCACAACGAGAAGGAAAAUACCCUCCGCUUAAUCAAAUACCGUAACGCCAAUCAGGACCCCCAGAUCGUUGAUUAUUUAUUGCCCCUAACCCUGACGAGCAGCCACUAUUAUUGGGCGAGAUUCACAACGAUUACUGAAACUCCCUUCCGGGUAAUGGCCGUCUUGAAAAAUCAUUCCACGAAGAGCUUCGAAUUCUUUUUAUUGAUAUUGAGAGAGGGAGUUGUGGAUGUUAUACAGGAGAUUAAGACCCAGUUGAAGCCGUUUGGCUAUGAGGUCAACAUGAAUCGACUAGCGCCAGCGGUAGUCGUCGUUUCAUUUUUAUCGCGGAAGGAAAAUAAGAAAUUCAUAAAAUCGAGGAGAAGCUCGGAUCGUCAACUUUUUCUACAACAGGUGAACAAAGAACGACUCUCCGCCUCAACCUCAGACAGCUCGAAUUCGGAUGAACAUCUCCCAAGCCGGGUUUCCGCUCAACGAACCCUAUCCUCACAUUCUGAAAGCCACAUCUCCCAGAAUUCGCUUGAUAUCGAGAAACCAAAGCUAGAAAAUAACUUCUGGUCGGUGAUGAUCAAGGUGUCAUUUCCGGUUUUUGACCGAAUGGAUUUGACGCUAGUUCCUUUCCGGAAAGCCAAGCUGUCCUUCAAAGUCCGCGCUCCAAGCCUUGAGCGGCCACUUCCGAUCAAGCUGAACAUGUUGACGCGGUUCUCGAUGGACUGCGAAAUCCGAGGCCCUGUAAUCUUCAAAAACAGGGCGUAUUUCCUGACCAAAUCCGACCCGCCAGCGCUGUUGGAAGCCGAGACGCGUGGGGAGGAAACCGUCGGGUAUCUGCCCAGCUUUCAAGGGUUGAGGCUGACAAGAUUACGGAAAAAUGGGGUACCCUGUGUUUGUUCAAAUACCGAGGGAAAUUGUCCGAGUGUCGCUGACGAUGCUAUUUGGAGUAAUUUACAACUGUUGAAUGGGAAUUUGUUCAUGACUGCUCAGAAUGACAGCGGCCAAAUCUGCGCCUACACUUUGGUAAUGAAUGAAAAUAAAUUGGUUUGGAAUGAGCAGCCAAUAAUGGACCAGCUAUCCGAUGAACACAACAUCGAAUCUAUGCAAAUUCGGGUGAAAGAAAAAGUGUCGAACGGCCAUGAAGCCUGGUAUCAGCUUGGGAUUCGAGUGCGAGCAAACCGUGAAAAAUCCACCAGCAGCGAGCAGUUCUUCGCUCUGGCCAGAAUAAAAGUACCAACCCCAAAUCACAACGGGCUCGCCCCAAAU